AUGGCGCUAAUUCUGACAACUUUGUACGGAUACGUUCUCAAGUAUCCAGAGAAGUUUCACUGGAUGGCCAUCGCCUCUGUUGUAGAUGGGUAUCUAAUCGUGAUCCUCGCCGCCAGCACGGUUGGAAACACUUACCUGAUCGACAGCCAUCCGAGCUUUGUGGGCGCCAUUCUCGUUGUGAUUCCUGUCACGCGUGGACUCAUGGCCUUCGGUAUCAGCAAGCACACCACUCAAUAUCUUGCCAACAUCGGACCUGUCAAUACCUUCGGCAUAUCUGCGGCUGUCAGUGCAGCGUUCAACUUUCUGGGUAUUAUCUUGUACUUCAUCGGAAAGAGAUUCCGGAGAUUAUGUAUUCGUUUGACACAUUGA